AUGGCUUCCAAUCCGUUGCAGAAUCCGUCGCUGCCCGCCCUUCCACAGCACCAGCAAAACGACACAGGCCUGACUUCAGCGCUUGCGAGCCGAUAUCACGCCCACCUGCCCAUUGCUACCCUAUCGUCUCAGGGUAUUGUAGCCAUCAACACAUGCACCGACUCUAGCUUAGGCGUUGAUGGCGGUAAAGAGGGAAGCGCUCACCAGGCGGCUGAGGAUCUCUCUCAGAGGGCUUACUUACGCCUGGGACAGCGCUCAGAGGACCAGGCCAUCAUCUUCCUUGGCGAGUCUGGUGCCGGAAAGACAACAAUUCGCGGCCACAUGCUGAGGUCUUUCCUCUCGUAUUCAUCCACACCCCUCUCCAAGAAGAUCGAGCACGCCAACUUCGUAUUCGAUGCCUUCACUACCACAAAGUCCCUCACUACUCCACAGGCUUCCAAGUCCGGUCUCUUGUUGGAGCUCCAGUACAACACCGCCACCGCCAACCAUGCCACCCUUCUCGGAGCUCAAUUUCUCCAACAUCGUCUCGAACGUAGUCGCAUUGCCUCAGUACCAACGGGAGAGCGGACCUACCACGUUCUGUACUACCUUCUUGCUGGAACCAGUCUCAAUGAGAAGAAGCAUCUGUUCCUUGAUGCCGUAGGCGGAGAAGGCAAUGCGGGUAACCGCGCCUCAAUCGGCCACAACAAGCGAUGGCGCUACCUUGGUCAUCCCACACAGCUCAAGGUCGGCAUCGACGACACAAAGGGCUUUGCCGACUUCAAGACUGCACUCCGCAGGCUCGAGUUUGGCAAGGAGAGCAUUGCAGGAAUAUGUGAGGUCAUGGCCACCAUUAUGCACAUUGGACAACUCGAGUUCGAAAUGGGCCAGAACACAACUCCCGCAGCCGAUGAGAGCGGUGGCUACUCACACGAAGGUGGCGAAUCCAUCACCAUGGUCAAGAACAAGGAAGCUCUCGUUCCCAUCGCUCAGUUCCUCGGUGUAGCCAUCUCAGACUUGGAGCAGAGUCUCCGCUACAAGUCAAAGACGCUUUACCGCGAGCGUGUCACUGUAAUGUUGGAUCCCAAGGGUGCUCGCGCCAAUGCGGAUGAGCUUGCUCGUUCGCUCUAUUCGCUUCUUGUAACUUGGGUCAUGGAGCAAGUAAAUUCUCGCAUCUCAGUGCCCUCUGAGCAGAUCUCAAACACUGUCUCUAUGGUUGAUUUCCCAGGAUUUGCCAACUUCGCCGCCACUGGUUCCUCGCUAGAUCAACUCCUCAACAACACCGCUAACGAGUCCCUCAUCUCUUUCUGCCAGGAGAGUUUCUUCCAGCGACAGAUCCAGGAGCUUGAGGCUGAGGAGAUUUCUCUCCCGCCCAUGGCCUUCUACGACAACACAGCUGUAAAGACUGGUCUCAUGAAGCCGGGCAAUGGUCUUUUGAGCAUUCUCGACGACCAAAUGCGCCGUGGCAAGACCGACAUGCAGUUCCUCGAAGCGAUCCGAAAGCGUUUUGACGGAAAGCACCAGGCCAUCGUCCCAGGCAGUUUGACGGUUGUGCAACCGGGUAGCAACUUCCCCACACCAAACACCUCUCCCAGCUUUACCAUCCGCCACUUCACCGGCGAUGUCGACUAUAGCGUUGAGGGCCUGUUGGAGGAGAAUGCCGAGCUCAUUUCUGGCGACAUGAUGCACCUGCUCAAGUCUGCCCAGGCGCCCUUUAUCCAGCAGCUAUUUGGACAAGAUGCUUUGCAGAAGAUGUCGCACCCUAAGGAGAAAUCCACCAUUGUGCAAGCCACGGUCAGCUCGAAACCCUCUCGUCAGCCCAGUAUGGCACGAAGGAAGGCUGACAAGACUGGACGAUUCGGACGCCAGUUGAACGUCUUCGACGAAGACGCUAUUAGCGAUGUGGAAAGCAAUGCUUCCACGUCGAAGAAGGGUGGCGAUUCGCAGAGACAGACUGGUGCGGCGGGUCAGUUCAUCAGCUCCCUGAGGACGAUUGAGUCAACGAUGCGAAAAGCCAAUGCUUAUUUCGUCUUCUGUUUGAAGCCCAAUGACCGAAGAAUCGCAAAUCAAUUCGACAGCAAGUGCGUUCGUCAACAAGUCCAGGCUCUCGGUAUCGCCGAAAUCAGCCAACGCCUUCGUGUUGCUGACUACAGUAUCUUCAUGCCGUUUGCCGAGUUUCUUGGGCUCGCGCAGACCGACCUCGCCAUCGUGGGAAGCGACAAGGAGAAGGUUGAAAUGGUUCUUGACAGUAGGCCGUGGCGUGAGAAUGAGGUUCGCGUUGGUGCUACCGGCGUGUUCCUGAGCGAAAAGUGCUGGCUCGAAAUCGCAAACAUCUCAGACAUCGCUCCCUAUGCCCGUGGGCCUGGUGGUGAAUCAAACGACAACUUGCUCACACCCGAAGCAGGUCGGUCGUUUGGUGAUGUCCGAUCUGGCCUCCUUUCUACCUCACCCAAUGCUUACUACGACGACAAAACAGGAAACUACUUUGGUGCCCGGGACAUUGACGCUCGUUCAGAAGCUCCAUCUGGAGUCACAAACGGCGACAUGUUCCAUGGUUUGGAGCAGCCCAAAGCCAUCGACGAGAAAGCUGCAGAUGCGAAGCUGGAAGAAGUCGAAACCAUUCCCGUCUCGGGCAGUCGAAAGAGAUGGGUCUUCAUCGUUUACAUGAUGACUUGGCUCAUCCCCGACUUCGCCAUCAAGUUCAUUGGGCGAAUUAAGCGCAAGGAUGUCCGAAUGGCGUGGCGUGAGAAGCUUGCCAUCAACAUGAUUAUCUGGUGGAGCUGUGCUUUUGUCAUCUUCCUCAUGAUUGGUUUUCCCAUGGUUAUCUGCCCAAAACAACACGUCUACUCGGCUGCCGAAUUGACAUCCUUCAACGGCAAGGAUGGAAACGAGGCGUUCGUUGCCAUCCGAGGUAUUGUUUACAAUCUUGGUGACUUCAUACCGCAUCAUUACCCGAGUAUCGUUCCGCAAAAGAACCUCGAGAAGUAUGCUGGAAAGGACGCUACGAAUUUGUUUCCCGUACAGGUCUCUGCUUUGUGCAUCGACAAGAACGGCAACAAGAUCGACGAUGCGGUUCAGCUGAACUACAAGAACUCCAACUACACCGGCUCUGCGGUCAACAACCUUAUCAGUGCCACCGAUCUCAAUGCCCAAUACCACGACUUCCGAAGUUUCACAAACGACUCGCGUCCAGACUGGUGGUUUGAACAACAGAUGUUCCUCAAGGCCAACUAUAUGAAAGGACGGGUUGGAUACAGUCCCCAAUACCUGAAGAGUCUGGCCUCGAAGAGUAACGCCAUCGCCUACAUGAACAACAAGGUCUACGAUCUUACUGACUACAUUCCUGGUGGCCGUGACCUUAAGUAUCCUGUUGGCGCAGACACCUCGAACCCCCCUCCAGACACCAAUUUCCUGGACCCUGAUGUCGUGGAUAUUUUCCGAGUCCAAGCUGGUAAAGACAUUAGCAAGUACUGGGAUAACCUUAACUUGGAUGCUCAGAAGAAGAGGAACAUGCAGACUUGUCUGGACAAUCUUUUCUACGUCGGUGAUGUGGACACGAGAAACUCUGCAAAGUGUCAAUUUGCCAAGUACUUCCUCCUCGCCAUCUCCAUUCUCUUGGUCAGUGUUAUCGGUUUCAAGUUUCUUGCAGCUCUCCAGUUCAGCCGAAACACCGACCCGGAAAACAUUGACAAGUUCAUUAUCGCCACGGUUCCUGCUUAUACAGAGGACGAAGAGUCUCUUCGCCGUGCCAUCGAUUCUGCUGCCCGUAUGAAGUAUGACGAUAAGCGCAAGCUCCUCGUCAUUGUCUGUGACGGUAUGAUUAUCGGACAAGGCAACGACAAGCCAACCCCUCGUAUCGUCCUCGACAUCUUGGGUGUUCCAGAGGCCACUGACCCCGACCCGUUGAGUUUUGAGAGUUUGGGUGAAGGUCAACGUCAACACAACAUGGGCAAAUGCUACUCUGGACUUUAUGAAGUACACGGUCACAUUGUACCUUUCUUGGUCGUCGUCAAGAUUGGAAAGCCAUCGGAAGUCUCCAAGCCUGGUAACCGUGGUAAGCGUGAUUCGCAGAUUAUCCUCAUGCGUUUCUUGAACCGCGUCCACUACAACCUUCCGAUGAGCCCGCUCGAGCUUGAGAUGCACCACCAGAUCCGCAACAUUAUCGGAGUCAAUCCAACCUUUUACGAGUUCUUGCUACAGAUUGAUGCUGAUACCGAAGUUGCGCCCGAUGCGGCCACUCGAUUCGUAGCAGCCUUCCUCCACGAUACUCGUCUGCUCGCCAUCUGUGGUGAAACCGCGCUCACCAACGCCAAGUCUUCGUUCGUCACAAUGAUGCAAGUGUACGAGUACUUCAUCUCUCACAACAUGACCAAGGCUUUUGAAAGUUUGUUCGGUUCUGUCACUUGUCUUCCCGGUUGUUUCACCAUGUACCGUAUCCGUGCCGCCGAGUCUGGAAAGCCACUGUUCGUCAGCAAGGAAGUGGUUGAAGAUUACCAACAGAUUCGCGUCGAUACACUUCACAUGAAGAACUUGCUACAUCUCGGAGAAGAUCGAUUCCUGACUACUCUGUUGAUGAAGUACCACCCCAAGUACAAGACCAAGUACACGAUGCGAGCACACGCCUGGACUGUGGCGCCUGACAGUUGGUCUGUGUUCAUGUCUCAACGUCGUCGCUGGAUCAACUCUACCAUUCACAACCUGAUCGAGUUGAUUCCUCUCACACAGCUUUGUGGUUUCUGCUGUUUCAGUAUGCGCUUCAUUGUGUUCCUGGAUCUGCUGUCGACGGUUGUCCAGCCUGUCAUUGUCGUCUACAUCGGUUAUCUCGUCUACAUGCUGGUAUACUCGCCUGAUGUCGUACCUGUCACUGCCUUUAUUCUUCUCGGUGCCAUCUAUGGUUUACAGGCCAUCAUUUUCAUCAUCCGACGAAAGUGGGAGAUGAUUGGCUGGAUGAUCAUCUACAUCUUCGCGACGCCUAUCUUCUCCUUUGCCCUGCCCCUGUACUCUUUCUGGUACAUGGACGAUUUCUCCUGGGGUAACACUCGUGUUGUCACUGGUGAAAAGGGUCAGAAGGUCGUGGUGUCGGAUGAAGGCAAGUUCGACCCCUCAGUCAUUCCCAAGAAGCGAUGGGAAGAAUACCAGGCGGAAAUGUGGGAGCAGCACACAAUCCGGGACGACCGCUCGGAGGUUUCAGGUUACACAUACGCCACAAGGAAGCCAUUCGGGAACCAAUCUGUUGCGGGCUCGGAAUAUGGAGGCAUGGCACCAUCUCGAGCCAUGUCACAUCUCAAUGUUGGACGCUACGACAACCAUUCACGCAUGAGUCUUGCGCAGAGUGGGUACGGCAUGGAUAGCAUGGAGAUGUCAAAUCUGCCCAGCGAUGAGGCAAUUUUGAAUGAGAUCAAGGACAUCUUGUCCAAGUCUGAUCUCAUGAAUGUAACGAAGAAGCAGAUUAAGGGUGAACUAGAGCAAAGAUUUGGAUGCGAUCUUACACUCAAGAAGCAGUUCAUCGGUUCUGCGGUCGAAUCACUCCUCCUUAGCGGUCAGCUAUACUAAGCCUCUCAGGCUUGGGCGCGUAUACCCAUUGUGUCUAUGGUUUACGAUUCUACGUGUUGCGAUAAGACAUGGUCUCGUUGUCAGUCAGCUCACUUGUAUCACCCCAGCUGGUUAUCAGCUCAUGGGUUCAGCUACUACUAUUAUCUAAUCACUGCAUUCUCCCAUUGGGUCGGAGUCAUAUACUUGGGCAAGGCGUUUGUGUAUCAGGGUCUGUGCGAGUCGCACAUUGUCGCAUUUUUGUUGUCGCCUUAGUGUCGUUUGAAUGGAAGAGGCAAAAAAUUAGGGUCUAGAAGGAAGUUUGUGGGAUCAACGUAUAGCUAUCAGGAAUUGCAUAGUGACAGAUAUGAUGAUGCUUGUUGCUGUGAAUAUGAAUGGACUAUAUUUGCAAA